UAUAUCUAGAAUCUAAAAUAUUUGAAAUGGAAGACGAUUAUGAUAUUUACGGUGAUUUGGAUAAAUUUGAGUCCCAAACGGAUAACAAGGCGAUAAAAGAACUGAACACUCAAAUCGAGGAACUAAAGGAACAACAAUCGGAGAAGGAACGAGAAAAGCGGGAGCUAGCUAAAAAGAAUGCUAUUUUGCUGGAAAAUAUAUCUUCGUUACUGCUUACUGCGAAGGCGGAAUUAAAACGGAAGGAUGCUUUGAUAGCGGAUGUCCGCCGAGAGAGGGAUAACACCGUGUUCCGAAGAGGUAAUAAGAACGUACGAAAACAUGACCAGUGGACACAGACGACACUAAUUCGUAUCGAUCGAGAGGUACAGACAGAACGGCGGGAAGAACAACGGAAUUUUAAAGACUCAACUUUGAUGACGAGAAGGGACCGAAGACGCGAGCGAAGUGUGUCUCGGCAAAGGGAACUAGGCAGAGACAGGAGACAGAUCAGAGCGAAGUCUCGUUCGGUGGAUGUGUUUAUAAAACCGAAACCAGUGAACCGAUGGGAUGGACGUAGUAAAGCUCAACAAUGUUCGCUCGAUCGCAAUCGCGAACGCCAGCGGGACAGAGAACGAAGAGCCCGUCGAGCCAUCCGUACGCCAGAGCUGGAGAGUAGCAAACAUUCGGCUGUGCGGUUCCGAAGUCCGGUACGGGUUAAAGAUAAGGACGUUGGUGUUGGUCAGUCGGAGUCCUGCAACGAACUGACGAGCACUUUUAUUCCGAUGAAUCAACGAGAGUUGGACCGUUUUGUUAAGGAAAUUGGUCGUAAAGAGAAUCGAGUUCCUGCUGGUGACAUAACAAAAGAAGCUGAAAGACUGUCGAAAAAGGUCUCGAAGAAACGCACGAAAUUAGAAUCGUCAGGGGAUAUAAUUCAGUCCGAUGAAAUCGGAACGACUGCACAGAGCGGAAGUGGAGCCUCAAAUGGCUCGCUGGAAGAUCUAGAACAAAAACUAACGGCCCUCCAUGGGGAGUCAACUCCGAAGACUCCCCAGAUUCACUCUUCGGUUAUGCAAACAUCACUGGAACUGCUGGACUAUCUUGGAAAAGGUUGCACUCCACCUCCGUUGCCGCAGUUACCUCCGCCAGUGGUUCCACCUCCACCGGAACCGUCUAUCAUCGAGCAAGUUCCGCAAUAUUCACCUGACGAAGGUCCACAUCUGAAUGAUAGCCGCGAGCUGCGGAUUGUGGAAUCGGAUGAAUUGAUCGGGACGGUUGAGCCAGCCGAACCACAGAUCGAGCGCUUGGUUGUGGUUGAAAGCGAGAUAGAGGAUGGCGAGCUAGUUUCAUCUGAUGAAGAAAAGGUUAUGCAAGGAGUAACGCACAUCGUGUCUAACAAUAAUCAAGAAAAAACGACGCAGGACGGCACAGAUCGUAAAGCUGGAAAGGAUUCUAAACAGAAGACAAAUGACGCCGUAAUAGAUAAGGAAAAGUCUGGUAAAUCUCUUUCAGAGGAGAGAACAUUCACAGCACAGCAAGAUUCAAAAUUCAAAAGCAAAGACUGCAAGCGGCGUUCACGAACGCUGACAGAGCCCUCAUUAGGUAAGGGAGCUCUUUCGAAGCAAGCAAAUCACGGGGAUUUCGUAGGUUCGCACUUGAACCAUCGAACCCAUGACAACAAUCGCAAACAGAAGGCACUGAAAGAUCUAUUCGGCUCGGACGACGAAAAUUCGUUGGGCGACGUUGAGAUUCGGAAGCGAAGAAACAGCAUCGAAUGGAACGGGUCGGAACCCGAUCGUAAGAGGCAGAAGAGAGCAACUACGUCGGGCGAAGCGAAAGUGGUGGAAGUUCAAAUACCUUUAGUGAAAAUUAGCCUGGAUAAAAAGAUGGUUCGACAGGAGAGCCCCACUGAGCGGAAGGCUGAUUUUAGUAACGGAAAAAGAUCUAUCUAUUCCGUCGCACAACCAGGCGAAAAGCAAGCGCUUCUGCGAGAAGAUCAUGCUAGUCAGACGAAAGCUAGUAAAAAAGAUGGUAAAAUAAGGCAUGAAGAGUCGACACAGUGUAAAGAAAAUGGACCUAAAUCUCGACAUGAUCAUGGGCAAAGGGAGAAGAACGUUGCGAGUUCUACUAUUCACAAUGAAAAAGUUGCCCAUCAACGGCAUUCUGAGAGCAAUAAGUGCGACGGGAAAGAAUCAAUCGGUGAACUUAGAAUGAUUGCUAAACGAAGAAUGUCCGCUAAGGUAGAGAAUCGUGAACCAGCUGGAAAGGACAAGCCUGAAAGAAGAAAAUCCCUCCACCAUGAUUUCAAUCAUUUUGAAAAAUAUGCGCAAGAGAAAGUGCGAAAAUCCAUAUUUGAUGCACCCGAGAUUCAGUGCGAAAAAGAAACAGAAAGUCGGCAUCUGUUAGCAAGUGUUAAUAAAUUGGAUAAUGUGAUCGAAACUGUUACAGAAAAUAAGAACAUUAAACAAACUGACCCCAGAAAACGUAGAAGAUCUCGUUGUGACGAUUUUACUGGAAUGCAAUAUGAAACAGAACGCUUGGCAGAGCAAAAAGUUGUAAAUAAUUGUACAGAAAACAAAUCCGCUCAGAACGAAAAAGCCAAACAAGAGCGGAAAUCAAGGAGUAGAGAACCUUCUGCUUCUGCAACAGAGGAACAGGAUACGCAACAAUUAACCGGUAGACAUGCUAUGAUAACCCGACGAAGAAAGUCAAUUUUAGAGGAGAACUGUCUCAGAUAUCGGGAAGAAAGCGCUGAGCGCAUUACUGAAAAGCAUGAAGUUUCACCAAAACAGAAGCCUGAAAGUCAGAGUAUGUUAGCAGAAGUGAAGAAACCUAAAAAUACGAAAGAACCUGUUGUGGAGAGACAGACUGCUAGACACGAUGCAACCGGUAAACUUGAAAGGUCUGAGAAAAACAAUGAUUCCAAUGCAUCUGAACUUGUUCAGCCGGUAGAAACAGUUGACCUUACAGAUGUUGCUGAGCUGGAAAAGUCUACAGUUCAAGAAACAGAGAUUGUGGCAGAGCCGACUGAAGAAAAUUCCUGUGAAUUCAAACAAGAUGAAAGGUUGCUUCAGCAACCUGCCAACAAUCAGGAGAUUUCGCAACCGACUGACCCUAUCCAAGAGAAAUGUUCCGUGGAAGAAGCUGUCAUACAGGAAGAGCAGGUUGAUGAGCAGACCCCAAUGCAGCCAAAGGAAGAUGAUCGUUUAUCGUCAACUUGCAUGACACCCGACGGGCAGAGCGAGCUACAAGCAGAACUAGCACCAUCAACCAUUGCAACAGUUGAAAACGAAAGUCUUCCACAUGCGGGACCACAUGAUUCACCAGUCGAACAGUCGGAUUCCACAGAUUUGAAUGCCCCAGAUAGAACACCUUCAGACAAAGCAGACACCUCGGUUAGUGUAUCAGAGUCCUCCGCCACAAAACAGGAUACAAGCUUCACUGGUCGAUUUAGCGAGUACAGAAUCGCCUUUGAUAACGAAAUAGAAACGACAGUUAUCAUAACUCGAAAGAAGAAAAAGAAAAUCAAAUCUAAGAACACAAGUCUCUAAACGCUAGCGGGACGGAUCGUUGAUAUUACAACAGACGAACACCGUUUACUUGUUACAUAUUAUUAUUAUUAUUAUUUAGGUUCCUUUGUACAUGUCAAUGAUUAGAAAAUAA